AUGAAUUUUAAUGUCUGGAAUAUCAAAGAUAUGCUCACUAUCCCCUCAGGCUUUGGGACCACUAAGUCAUCUAACUGGGACAGUAAUCAGACCGAUCACUCUAAUCUCAGUGACUCCCAAUUCCUCUUUGGUUCUCAGUUCUGUCCAGAAAGCUUAGAUACCCAGUCAGCACCCUUGGACUUUGGUGGCCAGUUGAGGAAUCCUAAACAGUCGCAACAGAAUUCUCUGGAUAGUGAACCUAGUAUUUUCACAAAGUACCAGACCAAACCCCAGUUAUUUGGAGGAGAUGUAAAAAAUGGAAGUUUAUUUCCUCUUCCUUUGUCAGUUAGAAAAUCAAAAGGCUUCCUGAAACAGUUUGAGGAAAAAACGAAAAGAGCAAAAGAUGAAUGUGAGAGUGAGACACUAUACAACUUUAUUUUUCAUGUCAGAGAUAGCAUUGAUAGGUUGCAGACAUCUAUGGAAAAGUCUGAGGAACAUCUCAAUUCAAGAAAUCAAUUUAUUGUGGAUUCUUUGGAAACCGUGGUCACAACAUUGCAUGAGACAUCAAGGUCCCAGAAAGAUCUGCUGCUAGAAAGAGUGCAGGACAAUGGUAACUUGGAGCAGGCCAUUCUUGAGAUGCAGAAGAAAUUUGAGGCUAGACAAGCAGAGUUUGUGGAAAUGAAGUCUAAACUAGAGCACCUUGAAGUCCUAGUAGCCCAGCAGAGUAAGGAUUUGCAACAGCUGGGAGAGCAGCUAUGCCAGCUGAAUGUGCCAGGUGUCUUAACAGAGCUCAAGAGUUUGAUCUCACGCCCUGAAGAACCCAGGCACAUGAAAGAUAGUGCUUCCCAGACCUCAGCCUGUCUGGCCCCGAGCCUCAGUUUCACCAGGCUGGAAGCCUGUGCAUCUAAGGACUCAGCUUUGCAACAGGUUCAGGCCCAGCUUGCCAUUAAGAACCUCAAUGUGGACUUCCCACCACCUGGAAACUUAAGUGACUGGGAUAAGGGAGCUCAGCAUGAUGCCCUUGAAGAAGAGGCUGUGUUGCUGGCAGUUGGAACAGGUAAAGUAAAGCAGAAUGUAAAGGACCAGGCAGUGCAGACAAUUGGAAAGAACUGUACUAGGACUAACGCCAUCUCUAAGAACCUCAGCAUUGACAGCAUUCUUCCUGAGGACUUGGACCUAUAUUCCCAAGGAGCCUCACCACUUGUACCCUUGAAUUCAGACAAUCUUGCAACCAGCAUUAAGAGCAACUCUCAAAAGCGUCAUAUCCAAGAUGUGCUUUUGAUUGACUCUUGUGAACAAGAAUUGGUGACAGACAAGAAAGGCAGAACAAGAACCAGAGGGAUAGUGAGGAAAGGUAAGCACCAGCAGCCCAGGAAAGCCUACAGAGGCUGGUCAUGUGCCACGAGACAGGAGCAAACUUUGAACAAUACAUGUGGUCUCAGUUCUAAACAGAUUAAGCCUGCAGGUACUGUUCUUAAAAGGACCCACCAGAAGAAACAGGUGCAUUUUGACCUCAUCACGCACCUGGACCCUGCUCUAGGAGAAAGUGUCAUGCUUAGUAAAAGAGCAGAAGAGCACUGCCUGCAGCCCACUGGGCAUUCUUGUCAAGACAUUAGUCCCCAAAGGGACCACCAGAUAAGCUGGUUCAGUGACCUCGGCCUUAACAGUUCCGACUCUCCGCUAUGUAAGGAACCAGAAAAUAAUCUGCUCUAUAACCUGACUUUUGAUAGCAGUGAUGACAGUUUCUGA